AUGACAUUUAUUGAACGUUUAAAAAAUGAAUUCAUGAUACAAAAUCGCUAUUGUUAUCAUCAUAAAAUCAUACAAUUACUUCAUUGUUCAAAAUCGUCAAUUGAUUUAUUAUUAGAUUAUUUGUGUAAACAUGAAGACUCGUCUAUUCGUCAACAAUCAUUCGAUACAUUAUUAGAUGAUGAGCGGGGUUAUACAAUUGAGCGAUUAUGUGAACAGCAACGAAUGAAAUUAAUCGAUAUCUUAUGUACAAUGACUAAAAAUGCAAAUUAUUGUAAACAAUGGUCAAAAAUAUUGUAUACAAGAUGGAUGACAUGGACAAAUGGAGAUUUUAUUUUUAUUCUAUCUCAAUUAUCACAGUGUAUUACAACAAAAAUUGAAUUAAUUGAAACAACAUUAAAACAUUUUCUCAUUGAUAAUCAAAUUCGUUUUACAUUACGAACGCAUUUACUUGAUAAACUAUCAAUAAAUAAUGGUUUGUUGCCUGUAACUAUGCCAAAUUAUAUUGAAUAUUUAUUUUUAUGGCGUUUACUUUGUCAACUAGAAGAAAUGGAUGAUGAUAAUGAAUUUUGUACAAUUCAACCUGAUUUUCAUAAAUUUCUUGCUUUUUUCUAUAAAUUAUGCAAAAAAGUUGUUGAUAUUCCAAAUGAAUACAGUCAAUAUUUUGAAUAUAUAAUUAGUGAACAUGUUUUAAUCUUAUGUAAAUAUGAUACAGCUGAUGCUUAUAUUCGAAAAUGUAUUGAAGCAAUUUGUUGCGUUCUAUUUAUUCAUUAUGGUUACAAUUGUCUCAUUGUUAAAUAUACAUUUGUGUUAAAUGAUUUAGUUUUUAAUAAUGAUUGGAAAAAGCAAACAGUAUUCAUCGCUCAUACAAUUAAUGACAUAAUUAAACGUUGUAUAGAAGAACAAAAACAACACGAGAAACAAUUUGAAAAAGAUUUUGAACAAGAACAAAAAUUAUCAUUUAUUAAAUGUAUAACAAUAAUGCGAACUUAUAUUGAUCAUGAAAACGAGAAAAGAAAUGAUGGAAUUAAUAUAUGGGCUGAUCAAUCAUUUUUAGAAGUACUAAAUUCACUGAUUAUACCUGGCUUACAAGAUUCCGAUUGCCAAAUUCGUGGAAAAACACUCGAAGUCAUUUAUUCAUUAUCUCGUGAUAGUAGCGAAGAAGCUUGUAAUCGUGUUCAGCAAUUGGUCACCGUUUGUACUAUCAAUUUGAAUUCAAAUGAUGAAAUACGUACACAAGCUGUUCAGAUUAUAAUCGAUAUAAUAUUGAUGCAUGGUCUAGAAAAACUAACAACGAUGAAUAAUGAAAAUGAAAGUAAAGAAGAGAAAGUAAAUGAAUUAAGAUAUUUAAUAAAAAGUUUUCUCAAUGGUCUCUACAAAGAAAAUUCAAUUGAUAUGCAAUGUGUUGUUGUUAAUGGUCUUAUAAAAUUGAUACUAAGUAAUCGCUUACAAUCCUAUUAUUUUUUAUCAUUGUUACUGACAUUUCUCUUCACAAAUGAUGAACAUCAUCGUUACUGCCAUGCAAAUAAAGAUCUUAUUGCCGAAACAAAAUGUUUAAUUAAAAAAUUUUUCUAUUUUUUUGUUCAUACAUCAACGGACAACUUACAAUUAUUUGAAGAAUUUUUUUAUCGAACUAUUACAUUGAAUUAUCCAUUUUCUGACAAUAAAAAGUUAAAUGUUAAGUACAUAUUUGUUCAAAUCGAUGCAAUGUGUAAAUAUUGUAUUGAAUUAUUAUCAUUACCAACGUUACCAGUUCAUGUGGCAGAUUUAGAUCAUAUUCCUGAACAAGAUGAAAAAGAACAGUCACACAAUCCACAUUUUCGUUUGGCUAGACGUUUAUUAUUGAAAAUUCAUUCUGACACACAAGCAAAAUCACCAUUAGUUAUAGCAUCGUUUGUACAUGUCUUGAAAUAUUGUCAUUUCAAAUAUCUUACAAAAUCGGAACUAGAAUAUAUCAAUAAUUUAAUUAUUAAGUUAUAUCAAUAUCAAAAUUUAUCACAAAGUCUUAGAAAAACAAUAAAAAGUAUUGAAGAUAAAAUUCAUUCACUUUUAAUACAAAUUCAUAAAUUACAACAAAAAUUAUCAUCAUCUGGCUCAACAUCAAUCAAUUCGCGAAAACGAAAAAGCUCACUUUCUCCACUUAUGUCAUCGUCUCCAUCUUCAAGUUGGAAACGUACAAGUCGACAUUUUUCCUUGUCUUCGCCUCUAAUUACAACGUUUAUUCCAUUAGAUGCAUCUUCACCAGAAAAGAAAAAGGAGAUUUAUUUUCAAUCUACAAAAGCGACGAGUAAACGUUUAUUUGGUGAUGUUACAAACACUACUGCGGCAAUAGCACCAUCGCCAUCAAUAGCAGGAAAAAGUAAUCGAAAAAAAUUAAAAUAUAGCAAAUUAAAAUUUGAAAAUAUUCUUGAUUUGGAUUAUGAAUUCGAUGGAGAUCACAGUUCGAUGAGAAUUAAUUGA